GAGCGAGGGUUGAGAGCUCAGAUGAGACCACCACACUGGAAAUACCACACCGUCCGGGAGGAUUUUAUUCUUCUCGUUUCCCGGCCAGCAUGGAUUUUCUCAAUCACAACUACUUGAGCGCCAGAGGGCCCUACGACUACACGUUUAAUUUCUGGAACGACUACUUGGGCCUGACCACGCUGGUCACCAAGAACCCCAAGCUGAGCAUGCCCCACAUGAGCCCCAACUCCAUCACCGAGUCUCUGAAGGCCACGCUGGGGCUGGACGACGCACCCGAGUGCGCCUGCGCCUGCGAAGGCGGCGCGCUGGAGGGCGGCGGCGGCGGCGGCUGCUGCUACUGCUUCGGAUGCGCGCCCGCCACGCCCCCAUCGCCGGGCUGCGUCGCGGAGCUCAAGGAGCGUUUCUCCAUCCUCAGCCCCUUCCAGAGCCAGCUGCCGGAGCGGGAGGCGCACGGCUGCUUCUCCGGCUUUGAGCGCAUGAGGACCCGCGGCAAGCCUGCGUCCGUGCGCGCUAAACUGGAGCCCAAAAUCUGCGUCUUCUGCCGGAACAACGGCGCCCCCGAGGAGGUGUAUGGCUCGCACGUCCUCAAGACGCCCGAUGGCCGGGUGGUGUGCCCCAUCUUGCGGGCGUACACCUGCCCGCUCUGCAGCGCCAACGGGGACAACGCGCACACCAUCAAGUACUGCCCUCUGUCUAAGGAGCAGCCCCCGCAGAGGCCACUCAAGGGCGGCCGGGCUGUGGGGGGUAAGCGGAUGAGAAUAUUCUAAAAA